GUUGAAACAUAGGGGGUCUUGAUACAUGGAGAGCAAUAAAUGUUGUUUCCUACUGAGAUAAAGCAUUAUUUUGAGAAAAAGGAAAAACUACUACUUUACAGUCUUUACUCAAUCUCCCUUUAUUUUCUUGUCUCUCUUUUCAGGAAUGUGCAGUAAAGUUGGAUUAUAUUGAUAGGAUUGGCAUUUAAAGAGUAGGUGUUCUUCUUAUCUCUAAGUUGGAACCACUUGUCAUUGUUGUCAAAUUGGUUCCCCACUUGCAUGGGCUCUCAAUCAACUUCAUCUUUGUUGUGCAAAAAUUCGGGUCCAGAAGAAGCAAAGCAAAAACUCAUUUGAUGUACUCAAAACUCAAAUGAUAUGCAGCUGCACACAAGUCAACUUUUGCAAACGUAAUCCAUGUCACUAGCUGUAGCUUCUAGCUAGUAUACUUGUUGAUAAUGAUUGAUGAUGAAACAAAACACUAGCACCAUGUGUGAUGUUUUCAUGGUGGUGAUAUAAUUAGCGGUGCAGCCGGAUUGAUUCUUCUUACUAGAUCUUGAAAAAAAAUAUAAUAAUAAUAAUUAGAGCAACAAGAACAGCAUAUACAUGCAAGAAAUUGUGGAAGGAGGUGGAGAAGGAAGUAGUGGUGGCGGUGGCGGUGGUGGUGGACGUAGAAGCCGUGGCCGUCCACUGGGAUCAAAGAACAAAACAAAACCGUGCAAGAUCAUUCCUCGUGAAAGCAGCAACGCAGCAGACGGCAUGAGAAGCCACAUCUUGGAGAUUAGCAAUGGAAACGACGUUUUCAAGAGCAUUGCAAGAUAUUCUCUGCAGCGGCAAUGCGGUGUUUGUGUUUUAGGCGGAAGUGGCGUUGUCAGCAACGUUAGUCUCCAUCAACCAACAGCUUCACCGGAAGGUGUUGUUACGCUUCGUGGAAGAUUCGAUCUUUUAUCUCUGUCAGGUACUUUUCUACCACCACCUUUACCACAAGGCUCGACGGGCCUGGCGGUGUAUUUAUCAGGUGGGCAAGGACAGGUGGUGGGUGGGAAGGUUGUUGGAGAGUUAAUAGCAUCUGGACCUGUAUUGGUGAUUGCAGCAACAUUUCAGAAUGCCAUGUACGAGAGAUUGCCACCGGAUGAAGAAGAAAACGUUGUUUAUCAUCAUGAUCUGCAGCAGCCAACAACAGCUUAUAGCGGUGACAGCAGAGAAGAUCUGGAAACACAGUUACCGCAAUCUUCCGUGGUAAACUCAGGAAAUACUAGUGGUUUAUCUGUACCUCGACGAGUUCAUGAUCUGGUUGGUAAUGCUGGUGAAAUGUCACAUAACAUGUAUUGGGGUUCUCCUCUACCUCCAUAGUUCAUUUUGCAACACCAGAAGAAAUCACUUCUUAUAAUUGCAAGUUUUUCCCUUUCUGGGAGAUCCAUACUUGUAGACAGCCACAGAAAGCAGUAGGCAAUCAGAUAAACUCUUUUUCAUUGUUUAAGUUUUUUUGAUCCGUAAAGAAAUGGGUGCUAAGAAGUUUCAAACUCAGGUCACUGGUACAAUGACGAAUCAGAUAAACUCUUUUUUUUAUUGUAUAAGCUUUUUCUUA